UUUUUCCUUUUUUUGUGUGAUUUGCAAGAGCUGCUGAAGCGUCAUUUUUAAUUGGCCUAAAGCUCAUAAAGCGUUGAGACGCGCCGGCGACGGAGAAAAUUCGAGUGCUUUGCAAUUUCCUCCGCGCACUUCCGUGCCGCUCCGUUGCAGACGCUCCGACGAAACCGCUGUUCCUAGGGCAUCUGAGUCGACUCGGCGAUCCCGUUUAGCCACCCGAGUCAAGAUGCCAUACAAAAGGAGACAAAAGUCUCCUUCUCCUCGUGAAUCUGCCUCACCCAUUAGAGGCCGUCGGUCCAAGUCAAGAUCGUUGUCGAGAUCAAGGGAUUCUGCUUCACCCGUUAGAGGCCGUCGGUCCAAGUCGAGAUCGUUGUCGAGAUCAAGGGAUUCCGCUUCACCCAUUAGAGGCCGUCGGUUGAGGUCAAGAUCGUUGUCAAGAUCGAGGAGAAGCCGCUCAAGGAGCCAAGAGUACCAAGCUGUUGGCAAUCCAGGAAAUAACUUGUAUGUGACGGGUUUAUCAACCAGGGUUACUUCAAGAGAUCUCGAAAAAUAUUUUAGUAAAGAAGGAAAGGUUUUGGAGUGCCAGUUGGUUACUGACCCUCGCACCAAAGACUCGCGCGGAUUUGGUUUUGUCACCAUGGAAACCAACAAGGAUGCAGAGCGCUGUAUAAAGUAUCUGAACCAGUCAGUGUUUGAAGGCCGACUGAUCACUGUGGAGAAGGCAAGAAGGAAGUGUGGGAGGACUCCAACUCCUGGAAGGUAUCUUGGAUUGAAAGAAAAACGAGGCCGUGGUGGUAGAAGAUCCCGCAGCUAUUCUCCGCGCCGACGGCGCGACGAUGAUUACUAUCCAAGGGACCGGCGAGGAAGGUCCCGAUCACCUCGUGGCAGGAGGGAGAGGGAGAAGGAACGUCCGGACUCGUCCAGGAGACGCAGGGAGCGCUCCUUAUCGAGAGACAGCGGUGGGUAUUCUAGAUGAGCGUGGUGUUGUCUGAUUGAAGCAAGCAACUCCUGCAUGCUGAGGAGGAAAAAUCAGUUGACAUGUGAAGUAUGGAAAUCUCUAGAGCCUUUGCAUAUCAGCUGCUGUUUGUGGGUAGUAGCCUUUUGUAUCUAAAUGCAUCCUUCGACUCUUGUUGGUCAGGAUUCAUGGUAAGAAUUCGAUUCGACCUUUGUUUUUCUCAUCGAUCGAUUUACCAUGUGGAGGGUCAUUUUUUCUCGUGUA